GAGAAUCUCACCUACCGCCUGCGGAAGAACGUUUUUCAGACUAUCCUUCGCCAGGAAAUUGCCUGGUUUGAUGAUAAGGAAAACUCCACUGGGGCGUUAUGUGCUAGGCUUUCACAAGAUGCGGCCAGUGUAAAUGGCGCCACUGGUUCCCGCCUGUCCGUCAUCGCACAGAUGAUCUCCAUCCUCGCUGCAGGCAUCGUCAUGUCGAUGUACUACAACUGGAAACUAGGUCUCACCGUCAUCGUUUUCAUCCCAGUACUCAUCGUCGGAGUUAUCAUUCAGAUGCGCGUCCUCAUGGGCAUUCAGAGCAGUAAGAAAAAGGUGACAGAGGAGGCGUCAAAGAUCGCCGUCGAGGCAAUUUCCAACAUUCGCACAGUGGCCUCGCUGCACCAGGAGCUCGCCUUUUGGAUGAAGUACGAGCACGCCCUGGCCGCCGACUUUCGCAAGUCUCGCUGGGAGGCGCACAUCAAGGGCAUCACCUUUGGACUCUCGCAGGGCGUCUUCAACUUUGCCUACGCCGUGGCGCUCUUCUACGGCAGUCGUCUCAUCAUUAGCGACAACCUUGACUACGGCAACCUCUUUAAGAGCACUGAGGCGGUCAUCUUUGGCACGAACAUGAUCGGCCAGGCGGUGGCCUUCUCUCCCGACUACCAGAAGGGCAGAAUGGCCGCUGUGAGCAUCUUCAAGCUGCUCGACCGAGUCCCGAAGAUCCUCGUCAAUGCCUUUAGGCCUGCAGUUGAGCGGUGCAACGGCGAAAUCGCCUUUGACCGGGUCGAGUUCAGCUACCCGAGUCGACCGGGGAACAAGGUGCUCAAAGGCAUUAGCUUUACGGUCAGCCGCAGGCAGACGGUGGCUCUGGUCGGCAGCAGUGGCUGCGGCAAGAGCACUUCCAUUCAGCUGCUGGAGCGAUUCUACGAUAAUGACGACGGAGAGGUGAGCAUCGAUCGUGAGAACAUCCUCGGACUGAACAUUCCCUGGCUGCGCUCGCAGAUUGGCAUCGUCUCCCAGGAGCCAAUUCUCUUUGACAAGUCCAUUCGCGAGAACAUCGAAUAUGGCGACAACAGUCGUCCGGUGGCCAUGGACGAGGUGGUGCGGGCCGCUCAGCAGGCCAACAUUCACGGAUUCAUUCAGUCGCUGCCCGGUGGCUACGAGACAUCGGUCGGAGAGAAGGGCGUCCAGCUGUCCGGUGGGCAGAAGCAGCGAAUCGCCAUCGCUCGGGCUCUCAUUCGCAACCCAGCCAUUCUGUUGCUGGAUGAGGCGACCUCCGCUCUCGACUCCGAGUCAGAGAAGGUGGUGCAGGAGGCGCUGGACGAGGCGCGAGCCGGUCGCACCUGCAUCAUCAUCGCCCAUCGAUUGAGCACUAUUCAGAACGUCGACAAGAUAGUGGUCAUGUCCAAUGGGCUGAUUGUAGAGGAGGGGACGCACGAACAUUUGAUGGAACGAAAAGGCAACUACUACCAGAUGUACAUGACGCAGAUUGGCGCAUAG